CGGCAGCGGCAGCACCACAUGCGGCGACACCUCUGAAGCCCAUCCCCUAGCGGCCGUUCCGGGAACGCGCCCAGUUUGCGCAUGGGCGGAGAAACUGCCGCUGUGCGCCGUUAUUAUUGUAAGAGUAAAUUCUUUUUUACGAAAAUGGCGUCCAGUCAGGGAGGUGUGGGAGCUGUCACGGCUCUACAAAGCCAUCACUACUCUAGCGGACCUCACUGGAGCCCCGGAGUCAGCCCCUUUCCGCACCAGCAGCACCACACGGCCCGCAGCCUGGACCGGGCUCUGGAGGAUGCCGCGUGCUCGGGGAUACUGAAUCUGAGCGGCAGGAAGCUGAGGGAGUACCCGGGCUUGAGCUACGAUCUGACCGAUACGACACAGGCAGAUCUGUCCAAGAAUCGCCUGACAGAGAUCCCACCGGAGGUGUGUCUGUUUGCCCCCCUGGAGUCCCUCAACCUUUACCACAACUGCAUCAAGUGCAUCCCGGAAGCCAUCAUCAACCUGCAGAUGCUGACGUAUCUUGACAUCAGUCGAAAUCUCCUGUCAGUUUUGCCGAAAUACGUCUUCAACCUUCCCCUCAAAGUGCUGCUCGUGAGCAACAACAAGCUCGCGUCCAUCCCCGAGGAGGUCGGCAAGGCCAAAGACCUGAUGGAACUGGACGUGAGCUGUAACGAGAUCCAGGCGCUGCCGGCUCAGGUGGGGAGGCUGCACUCCCUACGAGAGCUCAACAUCAGGAAGAACUGUCUUCACAUGCUGCCUGAAGAGUUGGCUGACCUGCCUCUCAUCCGACUUGACUUCUCCUGCAAUAAGAUCACAGAGAUUCCUCCGGCCUACAGGAAACUGAGGCAACUGCAGCACAUCGUCCUAGACAACAAUCCUAUGCAGUCUCCACCAGCGCAGAUUUGUCUCAAAGGCAAAGUGCACAUAUUUAAGUACCUGAACAUCCAGGCAUGCAGGAUGGACAAGAAACCAGACACUCUGGACCUCCCCUCCCUUGGCAAGCGCUGCCUUCCACAGCCACUGACAGAUAGCAUGGAAGAUUUUUAUCCCAGUAAAAACCACGGGCCUGACUCUGGAAUCGGGAGUGACAAUGGUGACAAGAGGCUGUCGACAACAGAGCAGCCGUCAGACGACGACACAGUCAGCCUGCACUCCCAGGUUUCAGAGACGGCACGUGCGGAUGCUCUCUCACUCCUCUCCAAAAUGGACUCUUGCAAAGAUCAGGAUCUGUAUGACUUUAUAGAGCCCAACCCAGAGGAGGAUCCUGCUCUGUCAGAGUGUGAUGGGCAGCAGAGCAGCCAUGUGUCUUGUAUAAAGGAACUGGAAAAAGUUCUUAACAUGUCUCACCAAAGCAAAGAUAAAGAUAUCUGGAAAGAGGAGUCUGGGUCGGAUAAGGAGCAGCUGGUGGAAGAGGAGGACGAUGAGCUGAAGGAGGUGCUGGAUCUGAGGAAGAUUGCCGUCCAGCUGUUGCAGCAGGAGCAGCAGAACAGGCGUCGGUCCCUUAUUUGUAGAGCGGAGAGUCUCAUUCACAGGCGAAGAGUGACUGGCCGUGCGCACAGGUUCCUGAGUCACUCUGGAUGCUCCAGCAGCAAACCGAGGCCUCCGCCGCAGACGGCCCGCAGUGCCUCUCUGGACGAAGGCAGCAGCGGCGCGUCAGUGCUGAGCGGACAGCCUUCCUCCUCGUGCUCCUUCGAUGGCAGCCUGAAGUCCGAUCAGUCCGAUUCAGAACCGAACUGGCCCGAAGUCCCGCCCGUCCUCAACCAGAACGAGGAUCGCAGGCGGAACAAGUACCUGCGAAAAGACUAUCUAAAGUACAAGUGUCAGAGCGCUCGGAAGAACUGCAGCGGGAACGACGACUGCGAGGACGGCCUGCGGGGCGCCGAGUUCAGCACCACCUUGACGGUGUUUGGGCUGAAGCCCAGAUCAGCUUUCACCAGAGGAAGCCGUCAGGAGUACAGCUCAACAGACCCCAGUUUCACAAUGAGGAGGAAGAUGGAGCACUUAAGGGAGGAAAUGGAGCAGAUCGGCCUGUUACGGCAGAACAUUGAGUGCAGACUCAAAGUGUUGCUCCCAGACGACGUUGGAGCUGCUCUGAUGGACGGCGUCGUGCUUUGCCACUUGGCCAAUCACAUCUGCCCCCGGUCUGUGGCCAGCAUCCACGUACCGUCGCCUGCAGUGCCAAAGCUUAGCAUGGCUAAAUGUCGCAGGAAUGUGGAGAACUUCUUGGAUGCCUGUAAGAAGCUGGGAGUCCCACAGGACAAGCUGUGUCUGCCUCACCACAUCCUGGAGGAGCGCGGCCUGGUGAAGGUGGGCGUGACCGUGCAGGCGCUGCUGGACCUGCCGCCAUGCCGGCCGGCGCCGGCGGCGGCCGUGUGACGCGCGUCGGAUCCAGCGUACAAUCACUCCUGUUUCCAGCCCCACCCCCUCCUCCCCCUUGAAAAAAAAAAAAAAAAAACCCGCCGCAGGGACCAGAGGACCCGGCGGGCGCGUGUUCGGGGGGCUGCUUCUGCCUGACGGAUGCGGGCGACGGAGGGCGGGGUCCCCGUCUCCUCAUAUGAUGUCGGCUGCCGACCACUUCCCGUCCGUCACACUCCUGCUCCUGUUGUACUGUACGCGUGGACCUGACUGCGUGUGAGCUCAGACUCGACGAGAGACAGGACGGCGGGUCUGGAAUGUGCUCAGUGAACAUCUUCUGAACCUCCUGCUGAGCUUUUCUUACUGUGCCCGUAGCUCUUUUACACCACUGUACAUCACAUCCUUUAUGUGUUUCUCUUUUAGCACUCAUUUUUAAUUUAUAUUAUAUGCACCUAAUUGGAGCGGCCGCCUCGGUAUCUUCGAACAAAUCGCCUCUGAGGUGGUUCAGGUUUUGUUUGUUUUGACGUCUUUAAGCUGUCGACCACAUCACGCACACGUCUGCUGCAGCUUCUUUCCUCCAGGGGAAGGAGCAGCCGACCACUGUGAGACACGGUGCCGGGCUGCCCCCGAACGCACCGCGCUGCUGCGUUGCAGCGUGCUUCAUGCACGGCGUCACACUUUGAAACCUCGUAGCUGUUGGGAGCUUUUAUACUGUUAGAGCCCGUCGUCGCCAACGAACCCACGCCACUGUGUUCAGAGUUCAGGGCUCAGAUCAGAGCAUGUUUACGCCAUGGUUGUCAGAUACUUUAUUUCAGGGAAGUGAAAUUAUUUACCGUAUUUAUUUAUUCACAUUUUUCCUUUUAAUCCGUUGUUGCUUUCUGUGUGUUGAACCCACUGAUUCAGUUGCAGUGCAGCUACAGUAAUUAUAGUAUUUAGAUCUUGUGCGUUUAAUGUGUGUUAAGUCAACUCCGUUGCCAGAGAUAAGAAAAUAAUUAAAAGCAGAUUCACCUCUUAACAUGAAAAAUGACUCAUUGCCAGGGUUCCAGGCCAUUUGUUGUGAACCUGCCCGCAGUGAUGACGCCCCAUCGUAUAUCUGAUUUACUGUAAUAGACACGUGACUCCAAGCUGACAUAGCAGAAGCGUUUAUCGCCUCAGACAGGGAGCAUUAUCCUUGCAGGGCCAUUCCAUGCAUCUUACUCGGUGGUUUGCAAGCUACUGCGCAAUUUUUCGACAAGAAUAUACCGUCGCUUGCUCAGGCAGCUUUUCUGCACCAGCCUUUUUCUCACUGGCUCUUCAGCAGACACGGUGGCCUAAUAAAAGCGAGCGAACAACACCAGGACUUGAACUCAGUCAGUGAGACAAUUUUAGGUAACCUUGUCUGAGAGCAUUAAUACCACUGUGUUUGAGUUAGGGUUGAGUAACGGUGACUUUACAGUCCACAGGUGUGUAACAUCCCACAACGUGACAUUUGGUGCCUUAAAUGAGGACUAGCUUUCGUUUUUCUCAGCCUUGUUCAUUGUUUUUAGGUUGCGGUUGCCUGUUUUGCUUGUUAUCAUUUUCUUCAUAUGUUAUCGUGACGUUCGCCACGCUGAGUGUUGGUUAUGGUCCUCUGAGAGACGGCUGAGAGGUUUAAUUAAGCGUUUGUAUAGUACAUGUUCCAGCCCUUCGGUGGCUGUCGUAAUCACCACGUCCCCAUCGUCACACAUCCCGAUUUGAAUAUUGUUCCGGAGAAAACAGUUUCCUGCUUCCGAUAAACGCGCCAUGCCACGGCGCUUCCAGGUUAUCACACCUCGAGUUCAAAAUAUGCACAGAUGACCACAGAGUCUCAUUGUUUGCAUGCGUUUCGGUAGAAAAUGCCUGUGGGUGAGGAUGUGGAUCAGAGCAUCCUGUGUGAGUUCUGCUGAACUGCAGCGCUGCAGUUCAUGCAGUCACUGGAAAACAGGUCACUGCACUCGCUCCUGCUGCCGCUGCAGAUGUCAUGUUAAAUGAUCCUGUCUACUGUAAAUGUAUCACUUCAUCGGCAGCGUUCAUUGAAAAUAUUUGAUAUAAAGUUAAAUGAUCAUUUGUUCAACGUCUAAAUAGUCAUUUCAAACUGUAGCAUCAGCAUGUGUCAGCUGGUGACUGCCUGCUGUAGCUGAGUGCCAACUCCGCAGUUACACACUUUUAUUUGUCUUGUGAUCUUUGUGUGUCUUUAGUCACACAUGUGCAGCCCUGAUCUGAUGACUGAAAUCAGGAUAAAAUUGGAUUCACAAAUGUAUAUGUUCAAAAACGACGUCUGAUGAUUCAGAGCUACUGUAUGUUUGAUUAUGAUUGACAGGUCAGUGAGCAGGUGGAAGACAUUAAUGUGUGUUUGUAUUAUUUGUUGUUCUCACACUGAGCUGAACAGCUGUUGUGCAGGCUUUAUGUGUGUGUGUGUGUGUGUGUGUGUGUGUGUGCGGGCGCCAGGUUUUCACUGGGACAGAUGUGUCAUACUGUAAAGUGUAGCAGCACAUUUUUGUGUGUGUGUCCUGUCAGAUCACCACACUGAUGCCUUACUCUAGUGUAUGAUGGAGGAGUCGCCCCUGUGAGGUCAUCUGGAUGCUUCUAUUAAAAUGUCUGUCACAAUCAUUCCUUUAACUGACCAUGAAGAAAGGAAAACCCUUCAAACUAAUGAUCUGAUCACUUAGUCUAAUCACUUAGACAAUGCGCCCCGGCUGAUUUUAUUCUAACUAAAUUAUUGAACAACAUAUGCUUUAGGCUGAAGUAACAUAUAUUUUCACUUUUUUAUUAGCUUUUUUGUGUUUUGGUUGUCAAAUAUUCCCCUGCAAGGUGUUGUAUGAGGACUGUGGGAGGGUGUGCUUGGUUCUGACAAAUGUACAUAAUGUUCACGUUGCUUUCAGGCGACGCUCCCUUUAUAGCACCUAUAGGGGUUAGUGAGAGCUGCAUUCACACGUCUGAUGCGUAAUCCUGUCAUGUGCGUGUAGUAACUUUAUUGCACUAACUGCAGCACAUCUGCACCUGUAGCUGGCUCCUGUGCCACAACAGCUACCGGGGGUCCGUGUGGUAUGGUUUAACGCCUGUCAUGACACAAGUGGGUCGCGUCUACUGCUACACUGCCGAGGAAACUCCGAGUCACCCGUACAGGCUUUUUGUGUUGAAAACAAGGCCAGUGCAUGCGCCAAACCUGGAUGACGGGAGAUUAUCUGUACAUAUCAUCUGUAUAAUUUCCAAUUUCUUAAAACAAAUGUGCUCAUUAUAAAAUAAAAGUCGAAAUCUU